AUGUGCGGGCUCGGCGUUCGCAUGAGCCCCAAGGCAACGAUUUUCAGCACGAGCGAGGCGGCGUGCGACGUGUACGAUGCGGGCGACGACGCCGGCGAGUGCACGUGGGCGUCGCUGCCGCCCGAGCUGCUGCGCGACGUGAUCGCACGCGUGGAGGCGAGCGACAGCUCGUGGCCCGGCCGGCGCAGCGUCGUUGCGUGCGCGGGUGUCUGCCGCUCUUGGCGGGAGCUUACCCGGGAGCUGCGGCAAUCGCAGGGGUCAUACGAGCCGUCGGGGCAAAUAACGAUCUCCGACGAGCUGAGGAAGCCCCGGCCGGGGCCGGCACGUUCGCGCAUCCACCAUCCCCACUUUCUCCCAUCCCCUCUUUCCCGCUUCCCCAUUUCCCCCCUUCCUCCCCUUCCGCGCAUCCCGCCCUUCCCCCGAUCCCACCUUCCGCCCAUUUCUGCCCGAGACAGCGAGCUGCUGCAAUCCCAGGGCUCGUACGAGUCGUCUGGGCAAAUAACCUUUCCCGACGAGUUAAGAACGCCAGGGCCGCGCGACCGCUGCGUGGAGUGCUUCAUUCGCCGCUCGCGCAAGACCGGCACGUUCACGCUGUUUCUGGGCGUGCCGCCGAAUUCGACGGAGAACGGCAAGUUCCUGCUCGCGGCGCGCAAGUGCGGCUGGCGGCCGUCAAGCUGCAUCGGCAGCCCCUUCCCCGGAAGCAGCGCGCACAGCUGCGGGGGAGGCGCAGGUGGGGGAAGCAGCGGGGGGAUUGGCGGGGGAAGCGGCGGGGGGAGCGGGGGAAGCGGGGGGAGUAGCGGGCCGGUGGUGUCUGUAGCAUAUGCGCUGAACGUGCUGGGGGUGCGCGGACCUAGGCGCAUUCUCUGCACUCUUCACCAGGUCCCCGCGGGCGCGGCGGUCACUGGCGGAGGGGGAAGCGGGGCGGCAGGCGCGGGGCGAGGCGCGGGAGGGAAGGCGGGGAGAGGAACGGGGGAGGAAGCGGGGGGGGGAAGGGGGGAGGGGAGGUCGUUGGCAAGGGGGACAAGUGGGGGGAGUGGGCGGGGAUGGGGGGACGCUUCCGCGGUAGCGGAGGCAGCGGGGGAGGCAGCGGCGGAGGGGGCCAGGCGGGCAGCUGCAGCGGCAGCUGAUGUUGCUGGCACCGCCGCCGCUGCUUUAGGCUUAGAUCCCGUUACAGGCACGUCCGAUACAGGCACGUUACGAAGCCCGCGUCCUGCCACCCUUCCUCCCGUUACAACCUCUGAUAGAAGCUCCGUUUCAACUCCUCCCGUUACAGUUCCCCCUAGCACCCCUCCCCCUGCUACCCCUUCCCCCGCAACUGCUGCCGUCCUAGCCGCUGGUGCUGCCGCUGCUGCCGCCACCUCCCCGCUCCUCUCCUCCCUCUUCCAUUCCAACCGCUAUAGUCACACUCGCUACAGUAACCACUCGUGCGAUCUCCCAGAGGAACAAAAAUCGGAUGAGCAAGCACCUGGCCAAUCCCAGCCUCCCACGUUUACCUCCUCUUUCACCCCUUCCCCGCUUCCCCGCCCCUCCUGGCCCUCAUCCCCCGCUUCUUCCCCCUCCGCCGCCCACCCUGCUGGCGCAACCUCCGCCCCGCCCCACUUCCCCGCCCCUUCCGCCCUCCACUCCCCCGCUUCCCCCCCUGACGUGCUAAUUGCCCCCACAGGCUCCUCCGCUUCUCCCUCCCCUUCCGCUUCCGCCUCAGCCGCUCCCCCCUGCCCCGCUUCCGCCUUCCCCCCUUGCUCGAAGCUUCCCUCUUCCGCGCUGUCUUCCGCCUCCCCCGCCGCCCGUUCUUGCGCAUACAGGCUCAGUGGGGGGAAGGGGGAGGCGGGGGGGAUUGUGAAGAGUGGGGAAGAGAUGAGCGCAGGAAACGGAGUGGUGGGGCGCAGUGGAAAGGAGAGUGAUGAGCAGCAGAGCGGUCGGGAAGAAGGAAGUCAAGCAGAGGGCAGGUGGGAGAAGAGGAAUCAAGAGGAAAGCAGUCCAGAGGACGGGAGUUUAGAGGAGGGGAAUCGGCAGGAGGGGUGUGGGCAUUGGCGGACAGACGGUGCGUGUGAGCAGCAGGAGAGCAGUGGAGAGAGGAGGAGUGAGCAGGCGGGCCAGCAGCAGGGCUGGUUGCAAGGCGGAGCGCCUCUAGAGCCCAUGGUGUUGCGGAACAAGCCACCCAGAUGGCACGAGCAGCUGCAGUGUUGGUGCCUUAACUUCCGAGGGCGAGUCACAGUCGCUUCGGUGAAGAAUUUCCAGCUGAUAGAAGGAGGCGGGCCGGGCAACGACUCUGAUAAGCCGGUGUUGCUGCAGUUUGGCAAGAUCGGGAAAGAUACGUUCACCAUGGAUUACAGAUACCCUCUUACAGCGUUCCAGGCGUUUGCCAUCUGCCUGAGCAGCUUUGAUACCAAAGUGGCAGUCCAGUUUUCCUCCACUCCCGCUUUAUCCAUGGCCACGUCAGCAUCCGCGGCGCCGGAGGCAUGGCUGCAGAAUCAGCUCCUAGCGAUGCGCGACGCGCUGCCGUUCCUGGAUUCUGACAUGGUGUCAGGCUUAGUCAGCUACUGCCCUAAUGCCUCCGAUGCUGACGUGGCAGAGUAUCUUUCAAAUAUCGUCGGCGAAUCGGAUCAGUCCAUGGCCGUAGUUUCCGGGUAUCUGGAACGAAGACGUCAGAUGAAGCAGGGCGGCUCGCCGUCUCAGCCGCCGCAAAAUCCUCCGCGAAACGCUCGAGGAAAGCAGCAGCACCGGCAGCAGCAGCAGCAGCAGCAACAACAACAAGCGCAGGAUUAUAGUCACACCAAAUACAGUCACGAGAACCCUAACAUCGAGGUCUACGUGAAGCCCAAGUUCGACGAAGCUUCCGGAUCUGUCUCCGCGCCCUCGCGCAGGACCGGCGCAGGGGGAGGGUUGGGGGAAGGGGGAAGCGCAGGGGGCGCGGGGGCUCCGGAAGGUGCGGCAGCGAGCGGUGCUGCUGGCGGAAAGGUUGGCGGAAGGACUGGCGGAGGGGUUGGCGGAGGGGCAGGAGGAAGCGCGAGCGGGGGGAAAUCCGCGGGCGGAAGGAAGCGGAGGGGCGGAUUGGCGGUGGGGUUGGCGGAUCUAGAGCAAGGGCGGGUGUUUAAGCAAGGCGCGCCGUGCGAGUGCCAGGCGGCCAUCCAUCACUUAGUUAACAACUGCUUAGCGUGUGGCAAGAUCGUGUGCGAGCAGGAGGGCGAAGGGCCGUGUAAGUUCUGCGGCUUUUUGGUGCUUAGAGGGUCUGAUAGUAUGGGGGAUGCGGCUCCAGGGGUGGGAAUGGAGGGGGAAUGGGAGGAAUGGGAUGAGGUGGGAGGAGUGGGAGGAGCAGCAACAGGGACAACGGAAGCUGAGGCGAAGGCUCUAGCGUUUAGGGAUAGACUGGUGGAGUAUAAUCGUACGUCGGCCCAACGGACGGUGGUGAUCGACGAUCAGAGUGAUUAUUUCAAAUCCAACGGGGCAGAUGGGGAUGGGGAUGCUUGGCUGACGAAUGAGGAGAGGGAGAUUUUGAGGAGGAGAGAGGAGGAGAGGGAGAGGGAGGAGGAGGAGAGGAGGAGGAGAGUGGUUGUUACGCUCGAUCUGAUUGGACGACGGGUUCUCGUGGCGGAUAGCGCUGGGGCUGACGUGGCAGGUGGUGGAGCUGACGCGGCAGGGUCUGCGGGAGCCAAAUCAGGGCAGGAAGGUUCUGAGGAGCAGACAAAGGGUGCAAGUAGGGGGGCGAACGGGAAACCAGGGGGAGGUAGAACUGGUGUAGGCAGUAUCUUCCUGAUGAGAGGUCAAGGAGGCCAAGGAGACAAGGAGCAAGGAGAGAGGGAGCAGAUCCCUACAGUGAAGCAGGAAGUGGUUUCAGGGAUAAAAGUGCUUAUAAAGGGGGAAGGUGGCGGAGGGGGAGGUUCGGCAGCGGGUGGUUCGGGCCGAACCCAGCUCAUGCCGAGCCCAAACCUUCCAAUUGCAGCUCCGGUGUUUGUUAAACCAAGCAGUACUAAUAGCAGUACCAAUGGUGCUGGUGCUGGUGGUGCUGGUGCUGGUGGUGCUAGUACAACUGAUGCUACUGGGCAGGGCAAGAAGGGGAGCAAGGGGAAGAAGGGGCAGCAGGAGCAGCACCAUGGGAAGGAACAGGAGAGUGACAGAAGGAGAGGUGCUUAUAAGGAGGGCAUGGCGAGGCUUCAGCAUGACUCCCCACUGAUGGAAGCAAUGAGAGAGAUAGAGGAGGAGGUGGGGGGGAGGAGUGGGUGGGGCGGGAACAGAAGGAUUGAUAAGGAGAGGGGUUCGAGAGGAGGUGGGAUGGGGAGUCACGGAGUGGGGUAUAGAGGGGUAUCAGUAGGUGAAGGGGGGGGUAGGGGAGGGAUUGGGAGAGGGGCGGCAGGAGGGGGAUUGGAUUCUCGGGAGAAUCGAGAUAGGGAUGGCCCGUGUGGUAUCCCUGCUGACCUGGCAGGGCUUGCUGACCUGGCAGACGAUGAAGCUGACGUGGAUGGGAGGUUUGACAUCUGUGUGCAGAUGGACCAGCAGGGAGGGUUGCUGAGAGGAGUGGGGGGGGUGAGGGGAGGGAGGGGGGUGAAAGCUGGGAUUGAUGGGGGGAGAGGGGGAGUGUUGCAGGAUGGGGUGGUGUUGCUUAAGGGAUGGCUUACAAGGGAGCAGCAGGUAAAUUAG